AGAAAUGGCCAUCAACUGAAACUAGUUUAUUUUAAUAAUUCAUGAUGAAAAAAUGCGAUUAGAAGCAAUUAUGAUGCAAUCUCUACUAUUCCCAGUGAACAGAUUAUGUCACCUGUGGGGCUUUGUACUUUUGUGUUUUUGCUAGCUGUAGCUCAUGUGUUGAGUGGAACGACAGAUAUCACAGUCGAAGGCCUUAAUUUAACUAAAGAUAAGUUAGCGUCUUUAGAAUCAGAGGUGUGGACAUGGGAAUGCGAAAAAACUGGAUGUGUCAAGAAAAGAAACGAGAAAACGAAAAACCCAUUUGAUGGCAGCAUAUGCACCAGUGAUACCAUAUACAGAAGGCCAUUGUCCGUAAAUGUCUGCAAAUUGUUAUGCCCUCCUGGCACCCUCUGGCCAAAGCCCACUGGUCUUGUUGACCUAUCGUCUAAACUCUAUCCAAUAAAUCCAAACAGCGUGUACCUAAAAACCCAUUUUGUUGAUGGCAAAGGUGAUAAAACAAAAGAAAGUGGUGAGUUGGUUGAGAAAGCAGGUAAGCUGUUCAAUGAACGGCUCAGACAGAAAUCUAAAAAUGUCCAAGUGCCGGGGAAAAACACUGAAAUCACAUUUUCUUUAAAAGAUCCAACUGUUUUCAAGUUCACACAGAAUUCUAAUGAAAGUUAUGCUUUGUAUGUCAACCUCACAUUUGACGGAGCGAUAAACAUAACAAUAGAAGCGGAUAAUUUUCUAGGAGCACGUCAUGGAUUGGAAACAUUAGAUCAGGUUAUAGUUUUUGAUCAUUUAACAGGAGCACUUCUUAUUCCAGGAGAAGUUAAAAUCCUAGACAAACCGAUGUAUACGCACAGAGGAAUUAUGUUGGAUACAGCGAGGAACUUUUUAUCGGUCGAUAGUAUUAAAAGGACUUUGGAAGGCAUGGCCUUAAAUAAAUUGAACACGUUUCACUGGCAUAUCACAGAUUCUCACAGUUUUCCAUUUCAAUCAACAUCAUAUCCAGAACUUUCUAAGUAUGGAGCAUAUUCACAGGAGCAGGUGUACACUGUUGAUGAUAUCAAGAACAUUUUGGAAUAUGCAAGAGUGCGAGGGAUAAGGGUCAUACCAGAAUUUGAUGCACCAGCUCAUGUAGGAGAAGGAUGGCAGUUUGCCAGUGAUGAAAACGUGACUGUCUGUUUCAAGGCUGAACCCUGGACACAAUAUUGUGUUGAACCUCCUUGCGGUCAACUGAAUCCGACGUCCGAAAAGAUGUACACAAUUCUUGAAGGGAUUUACAACGAUAUGGGCAAAGUUUUUGAUUCCGACCUAUUUCACAUGGGAGGAGAUGAAGUCAAUUUCAACUGCUGGAGGUCAAGCGAUGUAAUAGUAGAAAACAUGACAAAAAUGGGUCUCAAUACGACAGAAAAUGACUUUUUAAAAUUGUGGUCUGACUUUCAAACCCGUGCUUUGGGCCUUUUGGAAAAAGUCAAUAAAAAUCAGAAAAAGGUUGUACUUUGGACGAGUACACUUACGGAACACAAUGUAGAAAAAUAUUUGAACAACUCAAAAUACAUAAUACAAAUUUGGACCAAGGGUAAUGAUCACACAAUCAAGCAGUUGGUGGAAAAAGGAUAUCCUAUAAUAUUAUCCAAUUAUGAUGCUCUUUAUUUGGACUGCGGCUUUGGAGCAUGGAUUGGAUCCGGAAACAACUGGUGCUCACCGUACAUUCCUUGGCAAAAAAUAUAUGAAAAUGAUCCAGUUACUUUGUUGAAAGGUCUGAAUGUUUCAGUUGACGAAGGUGUAAGAAAGUUGAUUUUAGGAGCAGAGGCAACGCUUUGGACCGAGCAAGCAGACGAUUCCUCAAUAGAUAAUAGAAUUUGGCCAAGGAGCAGCGCAAUGGCUGAAUUGUUGUGGACAGGGCCUGGGAGCUGGAACAAAGCCGAACCGCGUUACCUUCACCAAAGGGAAAGAAUGGUCAAGAGAAAAAUUAGUGCUGAUACUGUUCAACCUCAGUGGUGUUACCAAAACCAGGGGAAAUGUUAUUAACAAAUCUAUAACAUUUUUAAUUUCAUAUUUUUAAAAACAAUACGAUAGUUUAUUUAUUUCAUACAAAUAUUGACAUUUAUUAA